UCGAGGAGUGAAGGAAGCUAACAUUAAUUUCAAAGAUCAGUGCCGAUAAACCACCGAUUGAAGCUCCUUGCGCAAUAAUUGGAUUGAAAUUAAGUAUUAAUAAGGAAAAACCGUUAACGACAGAGUAACGAGGCAUUUCGUAAGGCACGCUGUUGUUGACUCUGUUUUGAGCGGGCAGCGAAAACAGCUGUUCCAAGCAAAAACAGCUGAGCGUCGCUCGGCGUGAUUGAAAAUUACUUCGACUCGCUUUGUGGGUAAACAAAAGUAUCAAAAUAAACAUGCGGGGUUUGUGUGGGACGCGCACUUGCUGAUAAGAAGAACUAGCAGCAGCGGAGAACAAAUUUGUUUCAUUUUUAAAUACACCGUCACGCACACACUGCUGUCCUGGUUGUCAUCGUUGUCGUCAUCACAAUGAGCUUGAUGAAGAAACGCGUCAAGAUUGGUUUUGUCACGGCAAUAACACUUGUGGUGCUAAUCUAUUUUUAUAAAACUGUGAUCAGCUUCAACUCCAACUCCAGCCCCUUGGCUAAUGUGCUCGUCGAGGAGCAGAGGCAGUGGCCACCCACCGAGGAUGCAGUGCAGCGUAAUCUGCAAAUCGCGUACGAGGCGCAAAAUGCAUUGUUGCAUCAACAGCGACAGGAGCUGAUGCACACCAAGGAGCAGCUGGCACAGCUGGAGGAGAAGGUGCGCUCUCUGCAGGCGAGCACGCCACGCAAAUAUCCUAAAGUCAAGUACCUCAACUAUAAGAAUCGCAAACGUAUCCUCAUCACUGGCGGCGCCGGCUUUGUAGGCUCCCAUCUCGUUGACGAUCUGAUGAUACAGGGCCACGAGAUCAUUGUGGUGGAUAAUUUCUUUACGGGUCGCAAGCGCAACGUGGAACAUUGGCUGGGACACGCGAACUUUGAACUCAUCCAUCACGACAUUGUGAAUCCGCUCUUCAUCGAGAUCGAUGAGAUCUAUCAUCUGGCGUCACCAGCAUCUCCGCCACAUUACAUGUACAAUCCGGUGAAGACGAUAAAAACGAACACAAUGGGCACCAUCAAUAUGCUAGGUCUGGCCAAGCGUGUCAUGGCCAAGGUGUUGAUUGCGAGCACCUCUGAGGUCUAUGGCGAUCCCACGGUGCAUCCACAGCCCGAGACCUACUGGGGCCACGUAAAUCCCAUUGGCCCUCGCGCCUGCUAUGAUGAAGGCAAACGUGUCUCCGAGACGCUCAGCUAUGCCUAUGCCAAACAGGAGAAGGUGCAAGUACGCGUGGCGCGCAUCUUUAACACGUACGGACCUCGGAUGCACAUGAACGAUGGCCGGGUGGUGUCCAAUUUCAUACUGCAGGCCCUGCGCAACGAGACGAUCACCGUGUAUGGGAAUGGCAAACAGACGCGUUCGUUUCAAUACGUUUCGGAUCUGGUCGAUGGAAUGAUUGCACUGAUGGCAUCCAAUUAUACGCAGCCGGUGAACUUGGGCAAUCCCGUGGAGCAGACGAUUGAGGAAUUUGCGAAAAUCAUUAGGCUUCUGGUGGGUGGCACCAGCGAGAUCAAACAGAUCAGCGCAAUGGAGGAUGAUCCGCAACGACGCAAGCCGGACAUCACACGCGCCAAGAAGCGACUCAACUGGGAGCCAAAAGUGCCGCUGGAGGCGGGUCUGAGGCAGACCAUAUCCUAUUUUCGUAAUGAGCUGGCGCGCAGCGAUCGCUUUCAGGAGAGCUCCCGAAAGUACUUUGAGUCGCCCGAUCUGCAGCGCAGUCGGCCGUAAUUAAUAUAAAAUACGUAAAUCACAAUAUCAAUUCUACAUAGAAAUGUCAAGUGUGUGCCUGUAAGAGCCAAUUUAUGUAAUUGGGAACGUCUCUAGUCUGCAAUAUGUAAAUAAGACCAACGAUAGCGCUAAUCAUAUGCCUUUCUCCUACUCCCCCCCACCUCCUUCACCUUUCCCGCUCAGAAAAAGUGUCCUCUUGUUAAACGUUUAGGUGUUCUAAGGGUAUUCGUAAUGCCAUCCGUCAGCAAUCACGGAAUAUUAUAAUAGAGUUCAGUGUUAUAGAAAUAAUGAUAUCAAUUUAAUGACUUCAUCAGGGUUAGUUUCAAAUGAAGUUGCAAAUACGAAAUACCCUUAACGAAUUACAUAAAUUCGACUAAUUCAUAAUUAGUGCAUAAGUUGAAAUCAGUGUUUUUGUGUGUUAAAUUCUGCCUUUUUGUAUAAUUAGUAGUCAAGUAGUUUUUGAUAGUUUUGGUAGUCGAUUAAAUGGCUUUAAGUUUUCAAUACAA